AUGGAGAACAUCCCAAAGACACAAAUCGCUGCAGUCGUGCCGUCUCAUGGAGCUGCUCUUGAAAUCAGGAAGGAUCACCCGGUCAAGCAACCUUCUGACCUCGCCCCGGGCGAAUGCCUCGUCAAAUUGUUCUGCACUGGUGUCUGCCACACAGACUUGCAUGCCAGCAAGGACGAUUGGCCGCUUCACGCCAACACACCUCUUGUUGGCGGGCAUGAAGGUGUAGGGGAGAUCGUUGCCAUUGGGGAGAACACCAGUGAAUCUCCUGUGAAGAUCGGUGACCGCGUCGGCAUCAAGUGGCUUGCGUACUCUUGCCUGAACUGCGAGCAAUGCCGCAAUGGACGAGAGCAAAACUGUCCCAAGGCAAAACUAAGCGGUUUCACCGUUGACGGGACAUUUGCACAGUAUACAGUCUCCUACGUAUAUCAUGUUACCCCUAUUCCCAAAAAUUUAGACAGCAAUGCUGCAGCCUCGGUACUCUGUGCGGGAGUCACCGUGUACAGAGCUCUCAAAUACAGCCACUCAAAGAUCGGCGAUUGGGUUGUCUUGCCUGGUGCGGGCGGUGGACUCGGUCAUCUCGCGGUUCAAUAUGCGGUGGCCAUGGGCCUCCGUGUCGUGGCGAUAGACACUGGUAGCGAGAAAAAGAAACUGUGCAUAGAGCUUGGAGCCGAAAAAUGGAUUGAUUUCCAAGAGGCAAAAGACAUUGUCCAGGCUGUCCGAGAGGCAUGUGGUGGCGAGGGAGCACACUGUGCAGUCGUCACCACUGCAAAUUCAUCUGGUUAUACUCAAGCUGUCGAUUACCUUCGACCUGGAGGAACGCUGAUGGCGGUAGGGCUACCGGGUGAAGCAAAGCUAGAGGCGUCCAUCUUUUUCACCGUCUUCAAGAGCAUCAACAUCAUUGGUUCAUAUGUUGGUAAUCGUCAGGACGCCGUUGAGGCUCUGGAGAUCGCAUCGAGUGGCAGGGUUGUAGUGAAGUACGAAUGCAAGGGUCUUUCUGACCUCAAGGAGGCCUAUGACGCACUCACACAAGGCAAAGUAGCGGGCAGGAUAGUCUUGGAGAUGCCAAAGUGA